AUGUACUGUUUUCACUGCCGGGCACUGGACAAGCACAAUCGCCAGGAGAUUGAGGAAAACAGAAGAUAUGUGACUUACAUUGUAAACACAAUUGUGUUUCUUGGACGCCAAGGACUCGCUCUGAGAGGGUCUGACGAAAGCUCAGGUUCUUUUCAGAGGGGGAAUUUUCUAGAGUUGGUCGAUUACACUUCCAAGCUCAGUCCAGAGUUUGCUUCGCUCAAGAAGAAAAUGAGACGCAAUGCCACCUACCUCUCACCUGAGAUCCAGAAUGAGCUCAUCACACUGAUAGCAGAUGAGACUAAAGACACAUCGCACCAGGAGCAGCUUUGUGUCACACUACGCUACCUAAAGGAUGGCAAUGUGGUUGAACGGUUUGUGGGAUUUCAUCCUUUGGAGCAGCUGAAUGCAAGAUUCAUGGCUGAGAAGAUAACCAAAGUGGUCAGCAAAGUCGUUCCUAUGGACAAAUGCGUUGCCCAGGUCUAUGAUGGUGCUGCAGUGAUGAAGGGACAAAAGAAUGGAGUAAAUGCUAUCAUCAGCCAGGACUAUCCGAAGGCAUUGUACUUGCACUGCCAGAGCCAUGUGCUGAAUUUGUGCUUGGUGGGCACGGUGUCUUCUGUUCAAGAAGCAGAAGAUGUUGUGAGCAUGAUGGUGGGAGAAAUGAAGUCCCGCUUCAGCAACAAAACCUUGCAAUUCCUGAGGGGAUUUGGAGCUCUAGAGCCCAUGAUCAUGAGGGAAGGAAGUGAUUUCCUGGCUGAGGCAAGAGUUACACGCAGAGUCAUCAUGAAAAGAUGGCAUGAAGCUUCCAAGACUGAAUUUUCAAUUGACAGUGUGAUGUCUAUUAGCACUGAUCUUGGCGAGAUUUUUCCUUACAUUCUUUCACUUUAUGAACUUGCUUUGACAAUUGGGUGCAGCAGUGCCUCUUGCGAGAGGUCUUUCUCUGCUAUGAAGCGAGUAAAGAGCUACUUGAGGUCUUCAAUGACUGAAGAGAGGCUGCAUGCUCUAUCUGUCAUCAACAUUGAGAAUCAGCUGCCUAUUGAUGCUAAUGCAAUUGUUUUGAAAUUCGCAGCCAAUGAUGGAAACAGGCGACUCCUGUUGUAUUAAGCUUUACAGUUAAAUAUGAUACAGUUGCUUUCUUCUACAGUUCCAUUCUGUUUUUUAUUUCGUGGUAUUCUUGUAACUUUUUCUUAUAGCAAGUUCUAUUCUGUUCAGGUGUUUUUCAUGUUUUCUGUUCCUUUACAAAAAGUUAUUGGUAUAGCUUGAUUUUUAUUAGCAUGACUUGACUGAAUUCAGAAACUGAUCAUUCUAAUCAGCACUCCUUCCCUCAUAGUAGUGACUGUGUUUUCUUAGCAUGUAUAUUACUAAAUCAACCCAAGGUGGACUAUAUUUUUGGCUCAUAUAUUUUUCAUAUUCAUUAUAGCAGUGUAUUUGUUAUUCAUUGUAGUUAUUGAAGUAAAAUACUGAA